AUGCUGUUAAUUAUUAGUCCUAGUCGAUUAGUUAUAUUAUUAAUAACUACUAUAAUUCUACUAGAUACAUUUAGUCAAUUAAAUUGCCAAGAUCAAGUUUGUAACCUUGGUCGAAAACAAUAUAAAUGUCCCAAUAGUCAAUGGUGUUGUCGACUAUCAUUCGGAAUAAAUUACGCUGAUAACUGUCCCGAUGGCCAACACCAAUGUAUAGAACAAUGUUGUGAUAAACAAUUGCAUUACUAUUGUCGUAAAACUUAUGAUUCUAGUGAUAAUAAUGGUUACUAUUGUAGAUAUGAAGGACCAGAUACUACAACAACUCAAACUAUCAACGAAAAUAAUGAUAAAAAAGGAAAUACAGGUCAAGAGGGAAAUGCAGGUCAAGAAGGAAAUGCAGGUCAUGAAGGAAAUACAGGUCAAGAAGGAAAUGUAGGUCAUGAAGGAAAUGCAGGUCAUGAAGGAAAUACAGGUCAAGAAGGAAAUACAGGUCAUGAAGGAAAUACAGGUCAAGAAGGAAAUGCAGGUCAUGAAGGAAAUACAGGUCAAAAAGGAAAUGCAGGUCAAAAAGGAAAUGAAGGUCAAGGAGAAAUCAAUGGAUCUGUUUAUUUAUUAGCCCUUUAAUUCCGACAUUGUAUAGCCUUUACCGCCGCUUACAUUCACAGUUUGUCCAUAAAUAAUACUGAA